UGCUCCUGCGGGGAUCUGGCAGCAGGCAGCUGAGCUCCCUCCGGGCAGAGAGCGGGGAUAUAAGGAGAGGUGUCCAUGGGCAAAGCAGUGACACAGGGCCGAGCUGGGAUAGGAUAGGAUGCAAUUCCCAGCUUUCUGCUGCGGGGCCUCUCUGUUGUUCCUCCUGCCCUGGGCAGGUUUGCAGCCCGUCGGUGGCCAGCACAGUGCCGAGCUGCGGUCCCUGCAGGACCUCCUGAAAGCGCUGGAGCAGCUCCGGGAGGAUGAAGGGGAACCGGGCCUGGAAGAGGAGCCGGUGGCCGGGGCUGAGGACAGCAGCUCCGAGUGGGAGCUGCCGGAGCUGGAGAGCGGCUCGCUGGGUGCUCCGCUGCCGGCGCCCAGCCCUGCCCAGCCGGCGGAGGGGCAGAGCCUGUGGAAGGGCCUCCUGCUCUCCUCCUACAGACGGAGGCACUUCUCCGGCUGCUUUGGGACCAGGAUGGAGAGGAUCGGCGCGCAGACAGGGCUGGGAUGCAACCCGUACAAAGCCCGUAGGUCCCGGCGAGAGUCCGCGGCUGACGCGGCGCGGGAAGCUGCGGGAGGCCGGGCCGGGUUGCCGCUGUCCCCGGCUGAAAGCCCCGCAGCGGCUGUCCCAGCAGCUCCCUGCUCUUCUCUCUCAGGUUUCUGGAAGAGACGGAGAAGCUGAAGCCAGGAGAGGCUCCCAAGCGCUUCCCGAAGUUCCAGGGCAGUGUACAGCCGCCAGCUCCCCCGGGACCUCCUCGGGGGAUGGAGAAUAAAUUCUUAUACAAAGCC